GCAUUCGAAAAGAUUAAAAAGAUUUUGUGAAAAUGGCAAAUCGAGAAUCGGGUCGGAUCAAGGAUGCGUAUCAGAAAAGAGUUCUUGAUGAUGCCUCUCGAAGGCGAAGGCAGAAAAAAGCUCUCGAGGCUUUAGAGCAGGACAAUUUCCACGAAGAUCCUCAUGCUGAUCUUGUGAUGAGCAAAAAAGCACCGAAAUUUCAAGAAACCCUGGAAAGUAGAAAUGUAAGUCGGAAGAAGAAAACUCGAUCUGCUGAUUAUUAUAAGCAAAGGUUCCGCAAAACCUUUACUCAAUUAGUAGAAGAAGAUUUAAACUAUAAUCCGACACCGCCGAAUUAUUCUUCUGCGCAAGCUGCACCAUCUAAAUUUCCUGAGAGACAUUUUUGUGCGGUUUGUGGAUUUCCUAGUAGUUACACCUGCAUUCCAUGUGGAGCGAGAUAUUGCAGCACAAAAUGUCUAGGAACACAUCUUGAUACAAGAUGUCUGAAAUGGACGGCUUAAUUUUCUACCCGAUGUGAGGAAUGUUUUGUAUUUUAUUUUAAGACGAUUCAUGAUAAGCGUUGUAUUAAACGAUUGGAACUGAUUUCAUAAUGUCAAUAUUUUCCUUAUGAAUUGUAAACUUAGUGGAAGUUGCUAAUUUUUUAAAUAA